GAUAUUCAACACGAUUGAUGGCCGUCUCAACUCACAACUCCCAAGUAUGCAGCAGAUAUAUCGUAUUGUCUUGUAACCUGAAACGGUAUCAAAUCUCGUCACCGUCGGUGAUAAUAUGACGCGCGCUUUUCAAUUCUUAACCUGAAAAAUAUAUAAUGCAACAAUUACUAAUUAGUAGUACCUAUAAUCGUUGUCGUUGAACAGAGUAUAGAUUUGUCGAUGGUGACUUUUGGUCGUUUAGACUGUUAAGAUUCAUUCGCCACUCGCGGAGUACUUCGUCGGAGCAUCGGACGGUUUCGGAUAGAAGACCCGUAACUACUAUCUAGUAAUUUACUCAAAACUGCCGACACCCUCUUCAAGACGUCGGGCAACUGAAAAAUGUAAAUUUAUGUAUACCUACUUAUGACGUGCAAUUGACGUUCAGAAGCAACAAUUUACAAUAUAAUAUUGUUAUACAAUUUCACACGUACCCUUGCUAAGUGUCUCGUCACUCAAUAUCCUUCUGAGUUGAUUUUGUGGAAAUCUUUGUAAUGCCAUAUCAGUUGGAACCAUAACUAACUGUGUAACCAUGAACAGGCCUAUUUGGACAUUGCCUUUGAGCAAGCAUACGAUAAAUAAACUGGAUAAACUGGGAUACAAGUGUUGUGAAGAUUUACUCGAUUCAUUAGACGAUCCUGAAAAGAAAUCUAAGUUUUUACGAAAACAUAUGGAAUCAGAAUCUGAAAUCCGUGAUAUGCUAAAAACUCCAAAAUACAAGACCGCUGCUGAUCUAGACAUUGAACGCGAUAGUAUUGCUACGUUCUGCAAGUCCAUUGACGAACUUUUAAACGGCGGUAUUCAAGUUGGACGAAUAACGGAAUUAUCCGGAGCUCCAGGCUCGGGAAAAAGCCAAUUAAGCAUGCAACUCUGCGUUUCUGUUCAAAUACCUGUGUGUUUUGAAGGAUUACAAGCGGAAGCAAUUUAUGUCGAUACAAAUUCAAAUUUUUCCGAACUUCGGCUAACAGAAAUGAUCGACGCUUUCCUCGGCCAUGUGUCUAAAGUGUUGUCGGGACCCAAUGAUUUCAAAGGAGCAGCCAACAGCGAGUUGCUAAAGAGUCUGACCACCGCUGGCAUGCUGAGUAAAAUACACAGGGUUCAAAUGAAUGACCUAAACCAGCUGCACGCUUUGUAUACGACUCUCGAACGUCACCCGAACGUGAAAUUAAUUGUGGUGGACAGUUUCGUCAUGCCGCUGUACCAGGUGGAAAAUUCGCUUAGAAAGAAUACGCUGGUCCACAGCGCUCUCGAUCUAUUGCAAACGAUUGCUGUCGAACACGAUCUGGCCGUGUUACUGACUAACGAUCUGACGACCGCGGUCACCGAAAGCGGCACGGAAGUCUUUCCGGCAUUAGGUGAAUCGUUCGGACAUCGCGUUCAGUAUAGACUUCUGCUGAGCAAAAUUCCCAACCGGCCAAACGAGUACACAGCGCUGCUGAAGAAAAGCGUCGAACACGGUCGUUCCGCCGCUCGAUUUACUAUUUCAUCGGAUGGAGUACGCGAUCUGCCCAUGGAACAACCGCUGCAGUAGCUAAUUGCUGACAAAGGAAUGAUCGGAAAUGAAAAAAAACUACAAUAAUAAUUGUUAGGUACGUGUGUUAUUGUGAUGGAGUGCAAGACAUAGUAUAUUAUAUUUAUUAUAAAUUAAAAUGUCAUGUGCAUAUAAAUAAAAUAAUUUACAUAAUAAAAUGAAACAAAUUUUUCAAAUA